AUGAGACUUCUAUCAACGACGGCGAAGAAACUCGAGGUCUUUGAUCUAGGGAAUGCCCCGCCUUACGCCGCGUUAUCUCACCUUUGGGAGCAUGAUGAGGUUCUAUUCCAAGAUAUGGGAGACUUGGCCACGGCGGCUCGGAGAAGUGGCUUUCGCAAGAUAGAGUCCGCUUGUUCUGCUGCCGAAAUGCUAGGGCUCAAUUUCAUCUGGAUCGAUACUUGUUGUAUGGAUAAGGAAAGCGAAGCCGAAAGAAGCGAAGCAGUCGAGUCAAGCUUCCGCACCUUCAGAUCAGCGGCAGUAUGCAUCGCCUACUUGUCUGACGUUGACAUGCAAGCCGAUUCUUUUAGACGCAGCAGGUGGUUCUCGCGAUCUUGGACUCUACAGGAACUCAUUGCCCCCACUCGCCUUGUAUUCUUUACCCGCGAAUGGCAGCUUCUUAAUUCAAGAUCCGAGCUUCGAAGCCAGUUGUAUGACAUUACUGGUAUCGACCCUUUUGUUCUCGAAGGGGGUGAUCUCGCAAAGGUGUCAGUAGCUAGGAAGAUGUUCUGGGCCACGAACCGGAAUGCGUAUCGACUCGAGGACAUUGCAUACUCUCUUUCAGGAUUAUUCGGCGUCGAGAUGAUGCCGAUCUAUGGGGAGGGCAACGUGAACGCAUUUUUACGUCUGCAGGAACACAUUGCGAAGACAGUCAAAGAUCCAACCCUUUUCGCCUGGAGAUCACCUCCGAGACUUUUUAGCAAGCAGUCCAAGUGCCUUUAG